GCCUCGCUUUCCACACAGGCUUUCCCAGGCGGGCCUCUCUGGGGCGCAGAGGCCAGGUCUGACCCGGCCGGGUCCAGCCCAUGGAGAGGAGAGCGGAGCGCCCGAGAUUGCGGACUCCGGGGUCCAUAUUCUUGGCGGUGCUCCUAUACUGCGGAGCCGGCCGCGGCCUCCUGGAGGAGCCUCCCGCGCCGGGGCAGAGGCCCAGCCUCGAGCAUUUCUCCAUCAAUGCGUCCAGUCCCGGCUUGUGCGAACAGAAAACCCGAGUGGGCACCUCACUGGCUGCUUGGAGCUUGUCUUCCGAAAGCCUCGUAGGUGUGUUGCCAAUUGAUCCAAUUUGUGAAAAUUAUGUUCGCCAAGUGAGAAACUGUAUUUUUUCUGUUGUCUACCCUACUCCUUUCAAAUCAAAGACUCGUCUUGUAGCAGUAUCAAAGGAUGUUCUGGAAAAUAUUUUGGACCUUGAUCUUUCUGUUUCAAAAACAAAUGAUUUUCUUCAGCUUGUAAGUGGUGAAAAGAUAGUAUCUGGCUCUAUUCCAUUGGCCCAUAGAUAUGGAGGUCAUCAGUUUGGAAGUUGGGAAGAUCAGCUUGGGGAUGGAAGAGCGCACCUUAUUGGAAUAUACACAAACAGGUAUGGUGAAAGAUGGGAACUCCAGUUAAAAGGCUCCGGAAAGACCCCAUACUCACGAAUUGGUGAUGGAAGAGCUGUGCUGCGUUCCUCCGUGAGAGAAUUUUUAGCUAGUGAGGCCUUGCACUAUCUUGGCAUUUCAACAAGCAGAGCUUUAAGUCUGGUUGUAAGUGAUGAUGAUGUGUGGAGAGAUGCUUUCUAUAAUGGAAAUAUUCAGAGAGAAAGAGGUGCAGUUGUUCUCCGCAUUGCAAAAUCAUGGUUUCGCAUUGGAUCAUUAGAAAUUUUGGCUCAUUAUGGUGAACUGGAUUUACUAAGGCAAUUAUUAAACUUUGUCAUACGGGAACAUUUUCCAUCAGUAGAUGUGAAGGAUCCUAACAGAUACUUGGAUUUUUUCUCUAAUGUGGUAUCUGGGACAGCAUAUCUUAUUGCCUCCUGGAUGUCUGUGGGUUUUGCUCAUGGUGUUUGCAAUACUGACAACUUCAGUUUGUUAUCUAUUACAAUAGAUUAUGGUCCUUUUGGUUUUAUGGAGGCCUACGAUCCAAAUUUUGUACCCAAUGCAUCUGAUGAUAAAGGAAGGUAUAAAAUAGGAAAUCAGGCCAGUGUUGGAAUGUUUAAUCUGAACAAGCUGUUACAGGUUUUAAAUCUUUUACUGGAUCCUAGGCAAAAGCAGCUUGCUGAUCAGAUUCUUGAGAGAUAUGCUACUCUGUAUCACACAAGAUUUAAAGAACUUUUCAAAGCCAAAUUGGGUCUCCUUAGUGAAAAGGAAGGUGAUGAUUUUUUAGUUGCAUUUCUACUACAUCUCAUGGAAGAGACAAAAGCUGAUUUUACAAUGACAUUUCGGGAGCUCAGUGAAAUAACUCAGGACCAGUUGAAGAACCUCAGCAUUCCUCAGGAAUUCUGGGCACUAAAAACUCUUUCAAAGCAAGAACUCUUUACAAACUGGGUGACCAUGUAUCUUUUGAGACUGAAGAGUAACAUAAAUGACUCAGAUUCCAGAAGAAGAAAAAGAAUGACAAGUGUCAAUCCUAGAUAUGUGCUGAAGAACUGGAUGGCAGAAUCUGCUGUGCGGAAAGCAGAAAGAAAUGAUUUUUCAGAGGUUCGUCUUUUACAGAAAAUUCUUCAGCAUCCAUUCCAAAAACAGUCAGCAGCAGAGAAAGCAGGAUAUUCUUCACCUACCCCUUCAUGGGCAAGAGAUCUCAAAGUUAGCUGUUCAUCCUGAUGAAAGUUGAUAUUAAUUUGGAAUACUUUUUAAAUAAUUGACCUUUAAUAUAAUCUGAGAAACUGAUAGAAGAAAUUAAUAUUGAUGAAUCAUAAAUGUUUAUAAUAAUGAAGGAUAAAUUAUUACAUAUGAAAAAUAAACAUUUAGCCAAAAAAGCUCAA